AUGAGAUUGCUACUUCUUAUCGACCUGCUCAUCAAUUAUCAAUCAAGUUGUUAUGAAUCAGAAGCUGAACAAACUCUCAAGGAAACACCCAACAGACGAACCAAGUGUAUCAUUAUGAUGGGAUUUUUUUUUGAAGAGAUAUCGUUGACUUAUUGUUUCCAAUCUGGUGGUGAUGCAUUUGGCGUUUCUUGGUAUUCUACUCGGUCAGAAAAAAAAAAGUUAUUGGAAAUAGUUUAUGGCCUGUGCACCGAUUCUGCUCAUCAAACACGCCCAUCAGCGGCAGCUUUCAAUCAAUACUGCUAUCUCAAUUGUUGUCCACCUUCUCAUGAAACCAACAAAUGGAAUAUAUCUAAUCCUCGUCUGGUGAAUGUCGCAACAAGAACUUCAAGCAAUUCCUCCUCUUUAUUCAUCUUGUAUCAAGAGGCUAUCCAAUGUUUGCGACCAUAA